CGCCGCCGAGAAGCGCCGCCGCCGUCGCGUCCUCAUGGAUAAUGGCGGCCCACGCCGUCGCGGCCUCAAACCAAGCGGCGCCAUGGAGGGGAAGAGUUCCGCGAAGAAGAAGGCAAGGACGGCAGUGCCGGCGACGGCCAGCCUCCUGACGGACGACCUCAUCUUGGAGAUCCUCUCCCGCCUCCCCGCCAGGUCCGUCCACCGCUUCAAGUGCGUCUCCCCGGCCUGGCGCGACCUCAUCGCCGACCCCGCCCACCGCAAGAAGCUGCCCCAACCCCUCGCCGGUUUCCUAUACAACACCUACCACAGGCCGGACCCCCGCUUCUACAACUUUCACUUCGCCAAAGUCUCCGGCGCCGCAGCCCCGCCGGUCGACCCGUCCCUCUCUUUCCUGCCUUCCGACGAGUACUGGUACGUAGACCAGCUGGACACCUGCAACGGCCUCCUCCUCUGCCGCGCCCACAUGUUGCCUUCUUCUCCUUCCGGGGACAAGAAUACGCGGGUUGAAUCCCAUUACAUCGUGUGCAAUCCGGCCACCGGGAGGUGGGUCGACCUCCCCCCUCACCCCGAGGUGCCACCCGGCGGUCGCAUCUUCGCUCGCUUGGCUUUUGAUCCAGCAGCCUCGUCCCAUUUCCACGUUCUUCAGUUUAAGGACAGCCAGCAGAAGGAAUACGUCACAGGAGUGAACAUCUACUCCUCUCAAACCGGGGCAUGGAUUUGUAGAGAAAGCCGCUUGGUUGAGAAAAUUAGCCUGUUCACUGGCCUCGCAAGUGUCUUCUUUCACGGUAUGCUGCACUUGCUUGGUUUAUUGUAUCCCAUGAACAUGGAGGAUGAUGCUGUGCUGGUAGCCGUGGACAUGGAAGGCCAGGUGUGGAACACUAUCCGUGUGCCGUCUGGUGGUUUGAGUUUCGGUAGAAUUGGAUUGUCACAGGGGUGCUUGCACUAUGCUGCCACACCGCUAGCUACUGACGACAAGAAGAAGAAGGAGAGGAAGAAGAAAAAGAAUGAUACAUCGACAGUCUGGUGCAUGAAGGAUUAUGAUAGUAAAGAGUGGGUCUUGAAGCAUAGUGUCAGCAAGGAUGAGCUGCGGAGCAUAACUGGUGUGGACUAUAAAGUGGCUGCUUUUCAUCCAGACCGUGAAACCAUUUUUUUGGAUUCAUAUGAUGUUGAUACAUUGGUGUCAUAUGAUAUGCAGCAUCGGAAAUUCCAUCAAAUCCGUAGUCUUCGGGAAAACAGGGCAACACUAUUUGUACCCUAUGUUCCAUUGUUCUCAGACUCAUUUGCAGGUGCAGAUGGACAGUAGUGUUACCUAUAAGUCAAGCUUGUGCUUCUUCUAAGAAUUUGCUCUUCUGUAGGCGCUGAACUAUUUUUGUCUGUUGAUCUCUGAAUUUGCUUAAGUUAUGUCAUUUAACUUGUGUGCUCCUGCUAGCUUGAUUUUCUGUUUGGAAAAACAUGGUUACUAUUCUUGUCGCUGAAUUAUUCAAUUUACUGGUGCUUGUGUCCUAUUGUCUGGAUACGAAUUAGUUUCAUGUCGCAAAGUUAUUCUGAAAUCUGGUUCUCGUGUUCAAGACACUAAGGAUCUUGUGUCCUAAAUCCUAAGAUUACUACUCGCUCCGUUUCUAAAUAUAAGUCUUUUUAGAGAUUCCAAUAAGGGACUACAUACGGAGCAAAAU